AUGGAACUCAAGGUAUUGUGGGUGCUGUCUGUGGUGUUGCUGGUGUCAAACUGGCAACACUGUACUGAUGGAAGGCCCAUACCUAAAGUUCCUUGCUACUUCGUCUUUGGAGACUCCUUGUUUGAUAAUGGAAACAAUAACAACCUUAACACACCAGCUAAAGUUAAUUAUCUACCUUAUGGCAUAGAUUUUGUCAAUGGGGCUACUGGAAGGUGUAGCAAUGGUCUCAACAUAGCUGACGUCAUUGGUUCGCAGUUUGCUCUCCACUCUUAUAAGACAACAUAG